GCGAAGUGUUAAAAUUUUGUUGUAAAUUUGUGUGUUUCUGUCAUGUAAACAAAGCUAUUAAAAAUGAAUAACAUUGGAAAAUUUAUUUUAAUUGGAAUAUCUGUACAGCUUUUUCUUGGUGCUUCUUGUCGGAAGCAUAAACUCGUUUUAUAUAAUGACAUCCGAAGUUAUUUCAGGAUAUCGACAUUUGGGUUCUUGGAUGGUGGUAAAUUAGAAGUGAAACUUAACCAUUUAACAUUUUCUCCAAAAUAUGAUGCAAAGCUGGGUUUUACACUAACAAAAACUGUAAGUGAAAGUAACACACCAUAUAUGGAAGGACAACAAAAUAAAUGUUUUCUUGCUGAUGAUGCUAUGAAAGCUGAUGGAAACAUUCAAAUCGUUUCUUUCCUAUUGGACUUAAAAAAUAAUGAAAUGCAAGUUAACUGCAGCACACUUCUCCCAUUUCUUGAAAUAAAACCUGGCACUGAGUCGAAUCUUACCAUGAUGAAUGAAGUACGCAAGUCCAGGGAUAAUAGGCAUCAAAUAAAUGAUGUGAUGAUGAUAAAACAGAAGCGUUCUGCGGGAGAAGAACCUCCCAAAAACGAAGAAACCAAAGAUAUACCUGAUAAAAAAUUAAGUGACACAAAUUCCGAAAAGAAGGAUGAUGCAAUUAAAGAGAUGGAUGUUUCUGCUGCUACGCCUGCUUUGCCUACUGCAUCUUCUUCCAAGUAUUGCAAUUCAUUUAACAUACCCUUCAAAACUGAAAUCACUGGCCAAAGGAAAAAGAUCUCUGAUUUAGAGUUCUAUGUGUGGAUGAAAGAACCAGAAGCUGUUGGGUUGUACAGUUUAUACGUCCAUAACUGUCCUGCAGAUGAUAAGUUGCCACUUUUUAUUAAUCUUUCUAUUGCUAUUGUUGAACACAAUGGUGAAAAUUACCUUUCUGCGGGAGAAAUGCCCCUACCUAAACUAUAUUUCUUCAUGUCUGUUAUAUUCUUUGUUGCUGGAUGUGUGUGGAUUUCCGUACUCCGCAGAAAAAGGGAUGAAGUUUUUAAAAUUCACUAUUUAAUGGCAGUGCUUGUCUUUUUGAAGUCUUUGUCUUUAUUGUUUCAUGGGAUAAAUUACCACAUCAUAGCUCAAGAUGGGUAUCCAAUGGAAGCAUGGGCUGUUCUCUAUUACAUAACACAUUUAUUAAAAGGAGCUCUUUUGUUCAUUACAAUUGUUCUCAUUGGCACUGGAUGGGCUUUCAUAAAACACAUUCUGAGUGAUAAGGACAAGAAAAUAUUUAUGAUUGUCAUACCGCUACAGGUGCUAGCAAAUGUUGCUAAAAUUAUAAUGGAAGAAAGUGAAGAAGGGGAUUCACAACAUUACACGUGGAGGGAAAUAUUCAUUCUCGUUGAUCUUAUUUGCUGUGGAGCAAUAAUGUUUCCUGUUGUAUGGUCAAUAAGGCAUUUACAAGAAGCAUCCCAAACAGAUGGAAAAGCUGCGAUAAUUUUAGAAAAGUUGAAGUUGUUCCGGCAUUUUUAUGUCAUGAUAGUUUGCUACAUUUAUUUCACAAGAAUCAUUAUUUACCUGCUAAAAAUUACUGUGCCUUUUCAAUACGAAUGGCUUGAUGAAGCAUUCCGUGAAGUUGCUACCUUUACAUUUUUCAUUGUAACUGGCAUCAACUUUCAACCAACCUCUGCUAACCCUUACUUUCGAUUGUCGCAAGAAGAUGUGGAAAUGGACGAAGUCCUCACACAGACUGGACUGACUGAAAAUGUUUCGAAAACUGUCAGAGCCAGAGAAAUAGGUGGACAACAAGAGGAAGGAACUGCAACAAAAAGGGAAAGUAGCCAUGAAUACGAUUGAAGGAUUAAGUCUGCUAUGCAUUGAAAAUGAUAAAUUAUUUCCAAUUCAUUAUUGAUUUGGUGUUUUGUGUAUUGUAUUUUUGCUCUUGUGUGAUAUUACAGUCAUUACAUUGACUUGAACAUUUUAAGUAUGAUUUUAUAUUUUGAUUGUGGAUGCAAUUAAAAUCUGAGUAUUUUAAGAAUUGAGCCAAUGUCUGCAGACUAAAUGCCUGAACUUGCUACCAACCGUACUAUUGCAAAGUACGCAAUUUUUAUUUCAUGUAGUGUACACUUUAAUACCAAUCCAUAGUAAUUUAUAGCAUUAACUAUCAAAAAUUGUUCUUGAUCUCAGUUUUUGAAUUUUCUGUUUAAUGUUUGUUCUAUGUGCAAAGAUCUGUGUUGUGACUGUCUCUAUUCUUGUAUAAUUCAGUUUCACAUUCAACCAAAACAACAGCUUUCACAGCUGAAUUUUAUAUUAAAGAUGAACAAGAGUUUGGUAUUAUUUGCAAUUCUGUAUUAAUUUUCUUUAUUCCCGUGUCUCUAAAAUGAAAUGUAGUACAAUUUUAUUAUACUACAUGCCCACUAUAAGUUAGUAUCUUUGACCGAAAAGAAAAAAAGAAUUAUUUUAAGUUUUACCUUAAAAAAAUGUAGGAUUUACUUUAUUUACUUUUUAAUUUCAAAUUAUGUGUGAACUUUUAUAGAUAGACAUUGAGUUUUUAAAGAUAACUUCUAAUUAAAAAAUUGCUCAUUGUUUGAAUGCAUGCAAAAGUUGAUUAUUUUGCUUGUGUUUCUUUUCCAAUUUGUUUUCUUCAAACAAUCAAUCACCAUACACCACCCUCCCCUUAUUCUGUUAUUUGUUAAGACAGCUUAGUUAACAAAAUAUAUGAAUUGCUAAAUGUUAUCAUAUCAUAGACAUGUAACUCAGACAUUAAAUUAAAUUAAAGCUGUCAAAUACAACUCUGUGAGUUCUAAAAUACAAAUUUUUCCUUUGUUAAAGACAUUUUCAGGAAGCAAUUUAUUUAAUGUAAGCAACUGGAAUCCUUUUAAUAAAGGCAAAAUAGGUUCGAAAAUAAUUUUAAAACUUUAAUUAUAGAAAUCAAAACUCAAAAUGUGAAUUAGCUCAUAAUACUCAAUUUUCUGUGUUUUGAACUGUGGAUAGAAAAUUUAAAGCUGUUAAUUAAUGUGUUAGGAAUUAAAAAACAUGCGAUCAUGCACCUUGUUAUGUGCAACACACUUUUGAAUAAUUUUUACUGUGGUUAUAAAAAGUGUGCAGUCACUGUUUCAAUCUAUUCUCAAAUCCACACAAUAAACGAGAAAGUUGUCAUCAUUUCUUUCCUACAGAGAACUACUGCUUUAGAAAGUUGUUAGGCUAUGGUGGAUUAGAAGCUCAGAUGUACUUAACCUGUAGCUAUCUUUUUUGUUAUUAUUCCCUCCCUAAAAAAAGUGAUUUUUUUAAAUUGGCAAAAUUGCAUUACUUCUAACCAAAUGUUGAAUGAAUUGAAAAAAAAAAAAUGAAAUAAAUUAAGAAUGACAUUUUUAUAUAAGGGCUGAUAGGAUACUUUUAGGGGAAUGAAUAUUAACUCUAACAAUCUAAUAUUUUACAUUAUCCUAGUUUAUAUUACGAAGGUCUAACCAGGUCAAUGUUACCAGCGGGGAGUCAUGACUAUCUAAUCUUUUACAUUACCCUAGCUUACAUUACAAGGUCCAACCAGGUGCAGGUCCAGAGGGGUGGGGGGGGGCAUGACCCAAAAGACCAAAGAUAGUAUAGAACUGUGUUUUGGGGACUUCUGUUUCUAAAAAUUCACCCCUAGCCCCCCAUUUUCGCUCAAAAAUGACACUUAUGACCCCCCCCCCCUAACAGAAAAGCCCCUCUCCAAAACCAAAAGCUGGAUCCAUCCUUGGGUCCAACUAUAUAAAGUUCUAAAUAUUGUAAUUUUCUGUAAACUCAAAAUGUUUGUACACAUGUAAAGAAAAAUGUAAUUAAAAUGUGAUGCAAUUCAUAAAAUGCAAAUAAGCUAGAUGUUUAGGAAUUGUAUAUAUAUGUAUUUACUAAAUGGCGGCUUGAUAGUCAAUGUUACCAUAUAAAGUCCCAAAAUUAGAUUUUUUAGAGCUAAUCUUUAAUAAUUGUUUGGAGUAUGUGUAAUGUAAAAUCGUGCAUUUCAUUGUUUUUCAUAUAAAACAUGAAAUAAUUUAAAACUUCAGGUUUUAAUUAUUCUUAAAAUGACCCUGAAUGUUCUGAAAAUAAUUAGCAGUAAAUUUUCAAUUAAUUUAAAAUCUUCUUGUCACAGUUCAAGAAGAUUAGGUUUUAUCACAAAAAUAAGUAUUGUAUUUUUUUAAAAGACAUUUGUGAGAAAAUAUUAAAAUCAGUUUACUCGUAUUUUUAUUUGAGUUAUUUUAAAAAUUUACAAAAUAUAUUUUUUAACGCAUAAAUAUUUUGAAGUUUUGCAUCUCAUUAUUGUUUGAGAAAAAAAAUCUUAUUAAUUUUGUCUUACGUAAUUAGUUUUUCAUCAUAGAUAGAAAUCUUCCCUGUUGUUUUACUGUGAUCCAAUGAUUAAUAAAUAAAAUAAAAAAUUAGGAAAGAGAAGUACUAGUUAAUUGUUUGAAAAAAAGGUAUAAAUGUACCUUAAAUUCCACAGUUAUAUUGAACUUUGAAAAACUUGAUGAAUACGGUUUUCUUUUAUGCAUAGGAAUAAGAAUACGAGUCACUAUUAUUUUUAAGGCUUCAGGCUUUUGUGCAUUGACCCCAGGGCCAGAUCUGUGAUUUUUCUGAGCGGGGCAAAAUCUUGAAACCACUGCCUUUACCCAUGUUCCUUCGAGGUUUAAUAUCCAGUUUCAAGGGAAAAAUUACAAAAAUAGGGUUAGUUUGCUGCCCUUCAAAAGUUGCAGCCUGGGCAAGUGCUUGCUCGCCCCUAGAUCCGGUACUGUUUGACACCAUCUUAUUUGUUCAGCAAUCACGUAAUCAUGAGUAUGUGAUGUGCCACAUUUUCAUUCAGUAUGAUGCUUCUAGAAAAGAGAAUUAAAGCUAAGUCAAAAUUUAAAAUUUGGAGAUAACUAGUACAAAUAGUGGAAGAAACUCUCAUUGAUUUUGGGACAAGAGAUAGCACUAGUAGCUCUGGUAGAUGAUGCUGUGCAGCAUGAUUUAGAAAAAAAAUUCAAUGGAAGCCUACUGUUUGACCGCGGAUUGUAUGUAAUUUGGCAAUCUGCCAAGUUAAGACUAUUCCAUCUGAAUUAAUCUAGCAGGGGAGACGGGAAAAUAACAAUGGGAUUUUGAUGCAGGCGUUUUAUAAUGUCACUAGUGCCUUACUCAUUUAUUGCAUUCUCUAAAAUAAAGUAAAGGGAAACAAAAAAAGAAAAUAAAAUAUUUUCAUUUCGUUCAGGAACGUAAAAGCAAAAUCGUAAGCUCAAAACUUAGUUGUGAAGAAAUAAAUCAAUUAAUUUUUGCCUUGAGAAUAUAAAUCGAAUAUACUUAAGCUUAAAAAAAUGUCGCUGAGAGAAACAGGGUUCGUACUCAAUUUCAGAAAUAAAAUGAAGGAGUUUUGGAGGAGUUUUGAAGGAGUAAAAUGAGAUUUUGAAGGAGUACUAAUGGGCUGUGUCCUUAAAUAAUGUCACACUUUUUUCUUACUCCUCCUCUUAUCACGUGUCAUAUUUUUCAAAAACAUAUUGUUAUAAUAACUGCGUGAUGUUACUUUUUGUCACUCUCUCUCUUCCCCUUGUCACACUUUCAUGAACCCGUCUCCCCUUCAAGGCAUAAUAUCACUUGUGGAUGACUCAUAUCAUAACGGUGAUUUGCUAAACAAUUGUUUUUUUUAACACAAUCACUUAAUAUAGUACAUCUGCUUAUGUAUUUUCAAAUAUUUAAAUGACAGUUAGACAAACUGACUUUUGCAGCUGAGAGUGGGGUGGAGGGAAAAGAAAUAACCAUAAAACUUGAAAAAAUAGCCAAGCACCAUUUAAGUAGGUUUACUUCAUUUAUGAAAUGACUUAGUCAUCUAAAAUAUUUUAAUCUUGAACUUUUAUAACUUCUAUGAUUAAUUUGUAAAUCACAUCUUUAUGAAAAAAAAAAUAUAUAUAUACGAAAUUACUACAUUUAAAUCACCCUUAUACCUUUACCCUUGUGACAAAGUUAAGUUGUCAACCGAAGUAUUUCAAGCUACUGUCAUAGAGGAAGAUUAUGUCUUGAACUAAGAAAGAAGGAGUUUUGAAGGAGUUCAAACCAAAAUGAAGGAGUUUGAAGGGCCCUUCAAAAAAAUUUCCUAAAUGAAGGAGUAUUGGAGGAGUUUUAAAGGAGCGUACGAACCCUGGAGAGAGCAAAUUUUCAUUUUUACAAAACUGGGGUUAAAUAAUAGAGAGAUAAAAGUGCACAUCUGUAACAAACCAACUAACACCCCUAUAAAAUAAUAAAUACGUUCAUUUCCUCCUAUAAACCGGAUAUUAGCCUUUCCAUGUAAUCGAUGGUCAAACAGUAUAGUCUAACCACCAAUGAGAUGAAAAGGCAAACAUCGGAUUAGAUGCGGAUCGAGUGGAAUAAGUAAUAAACUAAAUGAAUUACUACAUUUGAUUUCAUCAUCUACGUUUUUUGUAAAUCAUGUUCUAUUUUUGAAUUUGAUACUACAAAUGAAAUCCCCUUGCAACAUACUUCAAGGAACUUGGAAUUGUGUUUGUUGUAACAAGAAUUUAUAGUACUCAACCAAUGCAAUGGAAAUUAAAUCAGGACUGAAAAUUCACUUUGUUAAAACUGAUAUUUCGUUGUAUUGGUAUUCGUUGUAACGGGAUUUCUCUGUAAUGAUUUUAUAUUGAGUGUUUUUUUUGUUGCUCAGAUUGUUCCCAACCCUCGUGAUUUGUAUAUAAAAAUGUUAUACAUGAAUUUCAUUCUGCUGGUUAGGUGUUGAUCUGAUCAGGUUUAUUUUUUACAUACAGUUGGUAAUUUCAUUCUAACCCUGAUCUCUUCUUUCAAUUGCUGCUGUACAUGUAAAUUUAAAUGUUAAUAUAAAGUAUGCUUUGUAAUAAAAACUCGGCUUGUAUAUUGCGUAAAAUCUAGAAAUGAAAUUUUGUUUGACCCUUUGAGACACAGCUUCAUUUGAGGAUAACCCCUCCUCCAGCAAAUUGUUAAAGCCAAUUGCUGAAGGAAAAAAGUUGAUGGCUUCAAAAACAAAGCCACCAUACCUCAAAAAGUUAACAAUAAAUAAUAAACAUCCCCCUUUUCUUUGAUGCUUAAUCAUUUUCUACCUCUAACUAGCAAAAAAAAUAUUUAAUUUACACAAAAGUAUCGGUGAUUGCUGAGUUAUACAUUUUUUGAAGGAAACAAAAGUAAAUAAAUACAUUAAAGGGUAUUUACAACAAAUGUUUGUGAAACUUUUUCUGUGCUAUAAGAUUCGUUAUGUAAAUAAACACAUUUCCUUACGAAUACGUUAAUUUUUUCCCCCGCAUAACAAAUAAAACAUUUCAAUUGUUUUUUCUCUUCUUGAAAAACAUCCGAACUUUAUACCUAAUGGCUGUUUUAUAAUAAUUUCAAUUUUAUUUAUUAUAAUCGGAUAUUUUGCAUUUUUAAAAAUGAACUUCUCAUUUCAAUUGACUUCAGCUCAUGUGACUGUGUUUAAUGGUAAUUUUUAUAAACUAAUGACAACACUUCAAUUAAAGCCAAUUUAUUUUUGAAUGAAUAACUAUAUAAAUAUUUUCUCUAAUUGCUAAACUAAAUGCAAUCUGAUUAAGAUUGUAAAUAUAGGUUAUUUUUUACUCUUUCUUUGUGUUGGAUUCUGAACUUAGUCCACCGGAGAGCAUUUUAUAACCAGUACUCAACUUUAGAUAUUUUCGAAUUCAGCUAAAAAUUUAAAUGAGCCACAAUUGUUUUGCAUAGUAGUAAAUGCUUUGACAGUUAUAGAACCAGGAAGAUAUAGAUUAUAGCAGGUGAAAGAUAUCUUGUUGUGUGUCAAAUGCUACGGUUUUCUUCUUUCUAUCUACUGCCUUAAAUGAAAAUAGCCAUUUUGUACCGAUGUCAGUGACAUCGUAUUGCUUCUUACUGUCGUCAAAAGCCCCCACUCUCCCCCCCCCUUUUUUUUUUCUUUUAAAUUCAACUAUUUUUAAAAGGCAUUGUAAAACAGAGCCUUUCAAAUGUUUCUUCAGCUGAACAGUUUGUUUCAUUUGAUUCAGUUUUAUUUUUCUAUGAUUUAUGUAUUGCUUUAUACAAAAUAAUUUUUUAAACUGUAAUAGGGACUUUUUUCCAAAGCGAAAAUUUUUAUAAUUUUGAAAAAUUUUAUAAAUGAAGCAUUGUUCUUAAUUUUUUAUUUCCAAUACUCAUUACAGUAUAUUUUUUAUUUGUUAUAAGUUCCUAGUCAACUUAGUAUAUUAAUGUGCAGAAUUUUUCUUUUCUAGUUACUUUUUGUGUCUAAUAAAAAAAUAAUAAUAUUCUGGUUGUGUAAUUUUCUGUAAUAAAACAUUAAAACAAAUUUAAUAUAAUGCUAUGUUUCAACUUAUUUUAACCUGAGAUGCAUUCAAAAAUAUUUUGUCCAUGAAAAACUAUUUUGUUUUUUCUUUCAGAAUGUUGCUGACUAAGUGGGAAUAUUAUUAGUCUUUGGCAAUGUGU